AUUCGAGAAGGACUCGAUGUAAAAAUCAAUGCUAACUAAGCUAGCUAGUGCCUAAUUGUGCUAAUAGUUGUGUAGUGUACAAGAAAACCACCACCCUCUCCCAUUGCAUCAUUUCCCUUCAGUUAUUGUUUAAUUUUGUCGGCUGACGACGAAAGUCUCUCUCUCUCCACCCCUCCCUCUCUCUCUCUCUCUUUCUUUCUUUCUCUCUCGCUCGCUCAGGUGGGUAGCUCACCUUUGUGGUUAUGUGACACCUCAGUGAACAGCAGGGUAAAGGUGGAUUGUUUAGUGGUGCGAUGUGGCCAGCGCCCUCCAAAGUGCCUGUCAGUUGCCUUUCAUUUUGACUCAAGAACACCGGGACAAAUUAUUCGUCCGGCAUGUCCGGCAGUCGGAGAAACUGGUCCAAUUUGUCCAGGUUGGCGCGCCAGAGGACAAUGGAGGACGAGGAGGAGGUGGAGAGGGAGAGGAGGAGGAGGGUGAAGAGCUCAAGCAGCGCCUUCGACGACGACGACGACUUGAGUGCGGCACCCGUUGACACGCCCACAAGCAACCAGGUCUUCGACACACCGCCUGAAACAUCUCAGGGCUCCAGCAGUGAGGAGCAGAUGCAGCUGGACUUUAUGGAGAUACUGCGUGUCCGGGAUGAGAAGCGCAGGUUGAGGCGCACGGAGUCUCUGAAGCGCCAGGAUGGGGUCAGGGAGGAUGACGAGGAGUCUGGCGGGGGAGGAGGAGGAUCCGAGGAGGAGCUAAGCGUGGAGAAACCCAUGGCACAAAAAGUGACCGCAUGCCCUCCCAAGAAAACCAACAGCCACCAAGAAAAUGGCGACCCGUCCAAGAAAGACUCACUUUCCAGGCAACCAUCCAAGCCAACGUGCAAGUUUGUCAGUUCUGUCUCGAUCUCUCUCGACAAGAGCCCCUCUGCGAGCGGGGGCACAUCUCCUGUGAGCCCCUUUUCGCCGAUGACCCCGAGGUCACCUCAAGGACAAUGGUCCUCACCUUGUAGUAGCCCCUCCCCUCGAGGGCCCAGGAGCCCCAUUCCCAAUGGACACACACCAAAGACCAGCGUGAUGAACUUUUCGACCAUCAAUAACGCAGAGGAGACGGGGAAACCUCUCUUUAUCCGAAAGAGCUCCAGGACCAUGUCUUAUAGGAUGAUGAAGAAGAAAGAGGAGGAGAGUUCGCCAUUGCAGAGGAGUGCAAGCGUCAGGGUGGCCUCCAAAAAAAUUGAAUCCGACACAGUAAAAAUUGAAUACCUCAACGAGGACAAAUCAUCAUCUUUCCAGAGAAAUUCCGUACAACGAGUCUCCUCUCGAUCCAUCCAAGAGAAAAUGGAGAGACUGGCCCAGGCUGCUCAGGAGAUAUUUCCACAGAAAUCGGAAACGGGCCGAUCUCCCGACGUGAGCCAGCGUACCUUGUACCUGCUGGAAGAGGUGUCCAGGAAGAGGGACCUCUUUGAGAAGGAGCCGCGACAAACGAGCCCAUUAAGCCCUUCCAAAUCCAAACAUGAAUUUCGGGGCUUCACUUCAGCAAUGUCGGACCGAAUCAACCACUGGCUUAACAAGAGCAAAGAAAUUGGAUCUACGCCCGGUCGCACGGACUUCAAACAUGCGGACAUCACCAGCAAGAGAAGUUAAUUUGAGAAGCCGUGAAAACGUCACAAAGUUCAAACCAGGAAAAAUCGACAAGAUUAUUUUGUCAUAUUAAUUUGGAAAAGUACAAGGAACAUUUUAAUCUUUGUAAAUAUGGAAAAUUAUAGUGAUUGAAUUAUUUUGUAUUUGAUCUCCCCUCCUGUUUGUCUUCCUGGAUGAAAUCUUUCAAAAUAAAACAAGUUGUAUUUUUGGGAAGAUGGAAAAAGGAUAUUGAAAUUUUCGUUGUUUAAUAUUAAAAGUACAAAUUCAA